AUGAAGACUGGGAACGAAAUUGAUAUAGCUAUAUUAAAAAAUAAUACUGAACUUGACAUACAAAGCUUAAACAAAUACUAUCGGCGUGCUUGGAGAUCAUUGGAUUUUGACUAUUCAAAACUCGAUCAACAUUGUGACUUUCUUAAAAACAAAUUUCUUAAUAAUGAUUCUUUUGAUGAAAAAGAAAAAACUUAUUUACUUGCUAAACUUGGAGAAUAUCAAGAGAAAUUUAAUCUGGUAAACCAAAAGGGUAAAACUAGAAAAUGUGAAGAUUGUCAUAAAAAGACUUAUUCCGUUCAGAACUGUGAAGAAUGUAUUCGAAAUUAUUUGAGGCAAAAGUUUAAUACAUGGACUUCUGGUGAUAAAACGAUUGACCAUGAAAUUCAAAAAGCUCAAAACAAAGUAAUUUGUUCAUAUCAAAUUAUUGAGUGGAUCCCUUAUGAAAAUCUUGAAGGUGUUGAAUAUUUUACUCAAGGUGGUUGUGCUACUAUUUAUAAAGCAAUUUGGAAAGAUGGUUGUUAUGAUACUUGGGAUUAUAAAACGAAAAAAUUAGUGAGAUUCGGUAAACAGUUAGUUAUUUUGAAAAUGUUAAAAAGUUCUGAUCAAAAUAAUAGUUGGUUUAACGAGGCUUUAAAUCACUUCACUAUUGAUAGGAUUGCACAAUAUCUUGUUCCUUGUCAUGGAUUAACGAAAGAUCCAGAAACCGGGAAUUUCAUGCUAGUUUUAAGAUAUAUGAUGACUAAUUUACGAAACUUCCUACUCGAAAAUAAUUCUUCAAUCAGCUGGGAACAAAGAUAUGAUAUCCUUUAUGAAAUAGCUGCUUGCUUAAAUGAAAUUCAUAGAAGAAAUAAUGUACAUAGGGAUUUACAUUCUGGAAAUAUUUUAAUUCGACAUACUUUAGCACUUUAUAUUAGUGAUCUGGGAUUUUGUGGCCCUGUUGAUAAACCAUUAAAUUGUAUAUACGGAAAUCUUCCUUAUAUUGCUCCCGAAAUUAUGUGUGAAAUGCCUUAUACUACAAUGGCAGAUAUUUACAGUUUAGCAAUUAUUAUGUGGGAAAUAGCAGCAGGCGUACCACCGUAUAUGAAUAAAAAACGAGAUAUUAAUUUGGCUUUGGCCGUCGUUAAAGGAAUGCGUCCAAAAAUAGAUGAUAAAAUACCACGGGAAUAUGCAACUCUAAUGGAACAAUGUUGGGAUGCAAAUCCGAAAAAUAGACCUGACAUUUCAACAGUUUGGAAAAAAAUUCGUGAACUUCGAAUGAAACUUAUUGAUGCUAAAGAUAAUGGAAUAUCAGAAGAAAAUUUUCUUGAAAUACUUCCAAAUUCUACUCAAUCAACUAAAUUAGCAAAGGACAAAAAUGUAACAAGAUGUUCUAGUAGCCUUUACAUUCUUACGAAUCUUUCAGAGCCAAAAAAUGCCUCAAAAGUUGAUAGUAUGCUAUUGGAAUUAUCAGUUCCCGAGUAUG